AAAAAAAACUAAAAACAAACAGGAAGCAACAAAAACAAUGCACUAAUAGUCACACAAAAAUUCAUGGUCGUUGACGAAAGUUUUACCUCGCUCUUGAAAGAAAAUUCAACAUAAUCGUCAGACCCGCGUAUUUAUGUAAUAUGUUAAAGAAAAUCAGUUGACAAUAACUUGGAAAAUUAAGAAUUAAAUGUACAAUAAUUGUAAUAAUUCGACGACAAAUAACUAACGUUAUAUAAAUAUUUCGGUUGUGUAAACUAGUGGUGACGUAGUAUGUCAAAAUGUUCACUUCCAAAAUAGUGGUACGUUUUGUGGGUUCAGCUUUAGAACAACAACAACAAUUUAUAUUGUUGGCUGCCAAUGGUCAGCAUGCAUCGAGACGCUUUUUUACACCUAUGCAGGUGUAUGAGAAGAAAGUCGAAGAAAAGAAAUUAAUGCCCGAUAAGGCACAAAAAAAUACUGCACAGCAAUUGGAAGAGUUAUAUAAUACCCUCAAGGAUUAUAAGCCAACACCUGUAAAGUCAGCGGCACAAGGUGGAGGUGGUUUCUUUAGUAAAUUACUGAAGAAGGAGAAAACGGGCAGUAGUUCAAUUCAGCUUUUAAAUACAUCAUCUCCUAAAGGGUUGUAUAUUUAUGGUAGUGUGGGCGGUGGUAAAACCACUUUGAUGGACUUGUUCUAUGAUUGUUGUACCAAUAUCGACAAGAAGCAACGUGUCCAUUUUAAUUCCUUUAUGUCUCAGGUGCACGGCCGCAUACAUCAGGUCAAACAGGAGCGUGGCCCAAGAGAUCGUGCUUUUAAUACCGAAAAACCAGAACCAUUCGAUCCUACAUUGCCGGUGGCAGAAAUGAUUGCUGCUGAAUCUUGGUUGAUUUGUUUUGAUGAAUUUCAAGUCACCGACAUUGCCGAUGCAAUGAUCUUAAAAAGCUUAUUUACACAUCUCUUUAACGAAGGUAUUGUUUGUGUGGCCACUAGUAAUCGUCAUCCUACGGAGUUGUAUAAGAAUGGUUUACAACGUAGUAACUUUUUACCCUUCAUUGAUGUUUUGUUAAAUCGUUCCAAUUUGGCGGCAAUGGAUAGUGGAGUUGAUUAUCGUCGCAUCGCUCAGUCAGGAGAUACAAAUUACUUUGUAACAACAAAAGGCGAUGCUAAAUCUCAAAUGGAACGUAUGUUUAAAAUUUUAUGUUCACAGGAGAACGAUAUCAUUAGACCUCGCACAAUUACACAUUUUGGACGCGAUUUAACAUUUCAACGUACCUGUGGUCAAGUUUUAGACAGUGAUUUCGAAGAACUUUGCAAUCGUCCUUUGGGUGGCAGUGAUUAUAUACAAAUUGGACAAUUCUUUCACACGGUGCUGAUUCACAAUGUUCCACAAUUGACCCUACAAAUGAAAUCACAAAUGAGGCGUUUUAUAACAUUAAUCGAUACACUUUACGAUAAUCGCGUUCGUGUGGUAAUGUCGGCUGAAGCUCCACUCGAUAAAUUAUUUAAUUUUAGUGAUAAACCCACGGACAUUGCCGAUGAUCAACGCAUGUUAAUGGAUGAUUUGAAAUUGGGUGCUCAAGAUACAUCAGCUAGUGUUUUUACUGGCGAGGAGGAAAUGUUUGCUUACGAUCGUACUAUUUCUCGUUUAUACGAAAUGCAAAAGAAAGAAUAUUGGGAGCAAUGGGCCAAACAUAGAUAAUUUUUUCGUCUCUGCCAGAUGACUACAAUUUUUAGCAAAAAUAGUUUACAUUAAUAUUAAUAGCUUUCAAUGGGUCACAAAUUACUUUCUAGUACUUAAACAAGUAAUAAUGAUUAAAUAAGUUAAAAAAAAAACAGUGUAUGUUUCCAAAAAUGUUUGCAACUUUAUUUUUAUGUAUGUUCUCGAUUUAGUACAAUAUUAUUUAAUAUCAAUUAUGUUCCAUUAUUUUAUUUAUAGCAACAAUUAUAAUUUUUAAAAAUAAAGUUAAUAAUCUUAUGAACAGCAAUGAACAAAUAAUUACAGCAA